AUGUCUUCAACUAGCAAAGCUUCCACACUAUUCAAUCUCAAAGAUGAGUACUUGAAAGCCAAGUCUGAUACGAACAAGUCAACAGCUCAAGGCCCAAAUAACCACAAGAAACUAAAAGACAUCAUCCACUACAAGAAGGAGGAGAAAGAUAAACGACAGGCGGAGAGGGACGCGAAACAGAGGAAAAGAGAAGAGCGUCUAGCACUGACUCAGAAAGAAAAGCAAGACUUGGAAAACUCUAGGUCAAUCUUGGAAGCGAAGAGUGCUGUUUACGACAAACUCUUAAAACGAGAUGGUGAGUCUUCAGAAAACAUCCUAGUAGAUUUCUCUCAGAAACGUAUUGAAGGACACGAGAUUCCCUUUGAUUACACCUCCAGAACUAGGAACUAUGAUGAGAAUAGCGUACCUGUGGACGAAUCUGAGGCGGAGUACGAUGAAAUUCAUCUCUCGAAUGUCGACAAGGGCGAGAUUCGCAGCAAGGGUGUCGGGUUUUAUAGCUUCUCCAAAGACCCUGAAAUAAGAAAGCAGCAGAUGGAUUUUCUUAAUUCUAUGAGGGAAUCAACAGAAAAGUCUAGAGAGAUCUUCCAAGCCACAAAAACAAAGAGGAAGCAGGAAAAAUUAGACAGACUCAACCGGCUAAGAAAACGGUUAAACAUGGAUCCUUUAACUGUUCUGCCAAACGAGAAAUCUGUUGAAGACGAAGAAAUAGAUCCGAAUGUAUCAGAGAUUGUCACACAGCCAGAGCCGAACUCGACUGCUAACUUGCAAGAUCAAUCUUCCCAGCCCCUGGACGUAGGAAAAUCAAUCGAAGAGAAGUUCCUGAUCAGGGAACAAACACUUUGGGAGAAAAAGGUGGAGGACCUGAGGAAUGAGCGGGAAAUGGAGUUUGCUCCCGUGUAUCCAGGACAACUGUAUCCAGGCAACCAUGAUGCUCCCGUGUAUCCAGGCAACCAUGAUGCUGGUAGGUCGAGUAGGACUGAGGAGCAGGAGUUGGACGAUGAGGAUGAUGCUAUCGUUAACUUUAUAUCUUUUGUCAGACAGAACACCUGAGCUAAUGUUCUAUUAAGUCUUGCAAGGUUAAGCAAGUUACCCUGAAUUCAAAAUGCCAGAAGACGAGCUAAAGCGGAAGAAAUCAGUUUAAAUAAAAGAGACUUCAUUGUUAUGAUGGAUGAUGGCUUGUUGACUGUUCAGAUAAUUGCGUUUUGUAUAUUAUUCUUUGGAGUUAUCUUUGAUUAUGAUCAAAACAUGAUGCUAUCAACUUC